AUGUGUUGGCCAAAAAUGGAAGCGUUUAAUUUUAUUAAGCGUGUGUCAAUUCAAAUGCAAAUUGUAGAAUCAAAGGCGCCAAUACGUUUGCCAACUGAUGAAUACACAAAUAAACAAUGGUUCUUCAUUGAUAUGAACUGCGAACAUGGAGAUAAUUAUUUGUCGAAUGUGGAGAAUAAAUAUUUCGCACACCCAUAUCGAUGGAUAAUUGCUGACGCCACGGAAAAGGUGAUAAAAAAUCUGUCAUUUUUACCAAAUAGCAACAUUAUUCUGGCGAAUUGGGAUAACAAUUCAGAACGGAUCAUUUUAAAACAAGUUUAUAAAGUUGCAAUAGGAAUGCCAUUAAUUUAUGAAGAUUUCGGUUUGUGGACAAAAAAAGAUGGUCUGAUCGAUUUACGAACGACUCGCAUUCUUUCGCGGCGACGUCGUAAUUUGCAAGGUUAUCAGCUUAAGGCUACAACUGUAUUCAUGAACGAAGGUUCCGAAAAUCACACCGAUUUAGAUGAUACUCAACACAAAAACAUUGACAUGGCAUCGAAGGUAUGUCUUUUGCUUGCCAAACAUUGGGUUGAGUCUGUGAAUGCGACAAUGGUAACAGAUGUUCAACGAACAUGGGGCUACAAGGAUCCCAAAACUGGUCAAUUUUCGGGAAUGGUAGGUCGAUUACAGAUGAAAGAAGCUGAUAUUGGAGAUCAAAAAUACUUUUCGCAUCCAUAUCGAUGGAUCAUGGUACACGCAAAGUAUGAAGCCAUUCAAAAUCUGCCCUUUUUGCCGGACAGCAACGUAUUGAUUGUUAAUCAAGACAUCGAUUCUAAAGACUAUAUUUUGAAGCAGGUUUAUAGAAUUUCAAUGGAGUCAUCUUUGAUUUACGAGGAAUUUGGUGUGUGGAAUGCAACACAUGGUUUGGUUGAUUAUCGAAAAAAUCGCAUUCUGUCUCGGCGGCGCCGUAAUUUACAAAAUCAUAAUUUGGUAGCUGCUACGGUUUUUAUGCAAGAAGGAUCCGAAAACUAUCCUGAUUUGGAUGAUUACCAGCACAACACGGUGGACACCGUUUCAAAAUUAUCGUUAUUGAUCACUAAACAUUGGAUUGAGUCUGUGAAUGCAACCAUGCGCUUUGAUGUUCACCGUACAUGGGGUUACAAGGAUCCGAAAUCGGGCAUUUUUUCCGGAAUGUCUGGCCAAUUACAAAAGAAGGAAGCCGAUAUUGGAGGAACUAUAAUUUUCAUCACGAAAGAACGCAUUGGCAUAAUGGAAUAUUUAUCGAUGCAAAUUCCUACAUACACUGCUUUCAUUCUACGACCACCGAACUUGUCGAACGUUUCUAACAUCUAUUAUCUCCCAUUCUCCGGAAUAGUUUGGAUAUGUUCAAUUUUAUUGGUGAUUUUAUGCACAUUGGUUAUUGCUUUGACUAUGAAAUUUCAAUUUUUACCGGAUAAAACAACAGAAAAUAUGGGAAUAUCAGAUUAUAUUAUGUUUGCCAUUGCAUCGUCAUGUCAAAUGGGCUCAGAGUAUCUAACCAAAAUAGUAUCGACCAGAAUAUCUUUGUUUUUCUUUUUCGUCGCAUUAUUGUUCAUUUACAAUUCUUUUACCGCGAAUAUCGUUGCAUUGCUCCAAUCAACCACAAAAUCGUUUCGAAGCAUUUCGGACCUAAAUAAUCCAGCGAUUGAAAUCGGCGUACACGACACAGUUUUUAAUCGUCAUUAUUUCAAAAUUGAAACCGAACCAACGCGAAAACAACUAUAUGAAUCAAAAAUCGCACCGAAUGCACCAAAUGUGUUCAUGAAUAUAAGUUACGGCAUAAGCCGACUGAGAGAAGGAAUGUUUGCAUUUCAUACUGAAACUUCGCCUGCAUACACUGCGAUUGAACGAACUUUCUAUGAGAAUGAGAAAUGUGGUCUGAUUGAAAUAAAAUUUCUUAAAAUCACCGGUACCUGGUCUGCCAUUCAAAAAAAAUCCCCAUACAAAGAAAUUCUCAAGGUCAACAUGAUGAAAAUCCGAGAACAUGGAAUUCAAUUACGAGAAAGAGCACGUGUGUAUCGAAAUAAACCGAAAUGCGAUUCAAAUGGAAAGAAUUUUGGCAGCGUUCGACUAAUUGAUUGCAAAGCUGUUUUUCUCAUUCUUGCUUAUGGGUUUCUUGCUUCAAUCGUGAUAUUUUGCGCAGAGAAAUUCUUUCAAUCCAAACUGAAUGAAAUCUUUGUCCAAAAGGUUAAACUAUGUGAAACAACAUUGGUGGAAUCGCAUGACGAUUAGAUAGAGAGUUUGAAGUUGCAAAUAGCCUUCGCUGCAUUGGAAAAGAUCAAGCUAUAACUUUGAUAUCAGAAAAAGUACACAAGAAUUUACUAUAGCACUUGAGUAGAUUUCAGUUUUUUAUUCACAUACAAAAUUAUAAUGUUUCUUACAUAGGAAUUGUGUGGGUGUGAAAUUAUAAUUAUAUAUAUUUAUAUAAUCUUGCAAA